AUGCGCAAGAGAAGUGGAGCACUUCACAGCACAAACCAAGAAGAGUAUUUAAAGCUUGCAGUAGAACAGCAGAAGCAAUUCCAAGACAUUUACUCGCUCUAGGAGAAAUGCCACAGCGAAACCUUCGAUCCUUAUUCGGAUGACGCUUAGUCAAACAGGAAAAAAAAACCUGUUUAUGAACUGCGUCCCUACGUAGAUUUACAAGGAACUGACAGUUUACAAGAUAAAAGUAAUGAAUAGGAAGAUAUUUAUGCUGGAUUAGAUUACUGUUCUGUUUAAUCUAUGAAUCAAAAUGCAAUCGAAAAGCAAGAAGAAAAUGAACAAUUUAAACCAAUAAACACCCAAGUAAUCAACAUCAUGAUUGUCACAGAAUUCGAAGAACCAUUUGUCAAAGAAAUAUACAAAUUGGACUCAUUCAAUCCAACCUAGGAAUGUCCUACUCAAAAUAAAAAUAAAAUGCUCGAUUUAGUCAUCGAGACAGAGCAAAAAGACCAAGAAGAAAAAAUAGUAUUUAAAUUAUGGAUGCACAACAUCUCACAAUCACUUUAGUCCUCAAUCCACAAUCAAAUAAUUGAAGAAAUCCAUUACUCGCGAUGCUCUCAUUUUAUCUUUCUCUAUGCAGAAGGAAACGCCAAAAGCUACAACGAAGCAAAUCUUUAAUACGAAAAAACAAAACAAAUUAAAAGUGACAACUUUAAGGCAACUUUUAUAGGUGUUUCAACUUUAAACUCUUAAAAUUAGAUUAGUAAUUUAACCUAAAUAAAGGAUUCAGAGGACGAUGCAUAAGAAGAUUUACUACCAUAGGCAAAGAUUGGAAAAUUCAAUAGAAGAAUUAGUGUACAACAAAAUAAGCUGACUUCUUGCAUCCGAGAUCUGUGCUAGUUCAAAGAAAGAGAUAUAUAAUCCUCUUCAACUUCAUCAACUUCUUCAAUAUCAUCAACUUCAUCUACUUCCUCUUCAUCAUCACUAGCUUCAAGCUUUAAAAGAUAGAGAUAAAAUAUGAUCAAUUCCACAGCUUUGUCACCCUUACAUCAUAUAAUCAUAAAUAAUUAACAAUAGCUACUCACACAGUAUUAAGAUGAAAGCUUAUAAAUUAAUACAAUUUAAGUCAAUGAAUGA